AUGCCGUACCCAUUCUCAACUCCAAUCGAAGCAGAAAUCCCUAUAAUAUUCGGUGAAUGGUGGAAUUUACCUGUUGAAGGAAUAGAAACUGAAAUGAACCAGUAUGGUAAUGGUCCUAACUCAUCAGAUGCUAAUACAAUUAAUGGUUUGCAUGGAUCACUCUACCCAUGCUCCAUUAAAGGUAUAGAGAAUGCCAAAAUUGUGGGUUGGAUUUCUGAAAUGCAUUUCACAAACACAACCACAACCACAUUCUUUUCGUGUUUUAUUAAAAGUAUGGGCUGUAUUGAAGCUUGGAUUCUUGGAAAAAGGUAUCAUGUGGAAACAGAAGCAUAA